AUGAAUUCUAGUGAAUCAGAAGACCAAGAAAUUAAUAUUGAAGAAGAAGAAUUGAGCAAGCCUAUCAUACUUGCAUAAGCCAACAAAGGAAUGGAAAUUCAAGAAAACUCAGAUCCAUUUAAUGGAACCUUUGUGUUUUUUGAUGAAGAUCAUACACUAGGAAAUUCCUUACGUUACAUUUUAGCAAAUUAACCAAACGUUGAAUUUUGUGGAUACAGUUUACCUCAUCCUAGUGAAAAUAAGAUGAAUAUGAGAUUGUAGACAGUGAAUGAGACAAAAGAGAAAGUCAUGAAUGAUGGAUUAAAAUGCUUAUCACAAAUUUGCGACAUAAUUGAAGAUAAAUUCAAACAAGCUUUGGAAAAGAAAUGAUUUUCUUAUCUUAGUGUUUUUGCUAUCUAUGUAAUAAGAAUUGAA